AUGACGAUUGCCGUAAGAUGGUUGUUGCAAGUGAUAUGUGUACUUGCCAUCGCGUCAACAAUGACAAGAUGCAUGGAUACAAAGACUAUCGUAACACCGUCUGGGAAGAUAAUGGGUCUAAAGGUUGACAUAGAAAUAUUACAAAACUUUGUGUACCAAUUCCGUCGAAUUCCUUAUGCCAAACCUCCUGUUGGUGACCUGCGAUUUGCCAAGCCACAACCGAUUGAGCCCUGGACAAACACUUUAAAUGCCACAUAUUUCGGACCGAACUGUAUGCAGACUAUAAGUAAUCCAAACAGCCCGCUACUACCAAACAGAAUAUUAUCUGAAGACUGUUUAGUGCUGAAUGUGUACGUACCACCUAAUACGACAGAAAGCAGCAAGAAGCCCGUGAUGUUUUACAUCCACGGCGGGGCCUAUGUGGAAGGCACGGGUAUGUUCUACGACGGCUCAUACCUUUCAAUCCACGGAGACCAAAUUGUUGUUACCAUAAAUUACCGGCUAGGUAUGUGGGGCUUUCUCACGACAGCUGACAGCCAUUGCCCUGGAAACUUCGGUUUGUGGGACCAGCGACUAGCUAUGCAGUGGACCAAAGACAAUAUUAAGGCAUUUGGUGGCGAUCCUGAACUUAUUACAAUCUUUGGAGAAUCGGCAGGUGGCUCUAGUGUCGCCAUUCAUUCUAUAUCGCCAAUCAACAAGGGUCUGUUUAAAAGGGCAAUGGCUCAUAGUGGCACGGCUAACUCAUUAUGGGCCGUUGCAGAAACUGGCUUUGCGAAAGUAUCACAGGUUGGGACCGGUAUUAUUCUUAAAUGUCUUGAUGUUGCAAAUAGUGUCAGGUUUUUAGAAUGCAUGAGAAAGAAGAGUGCUGAAGAACUACUGGAGGCUUCAGUAAGGAUUGCGAACAUUACAUUUAGUGACGUACAUCAGCUUCACUAUGCAAUACCAUUAGCACCCAUUGUAGACGGUGAAUUUAUCAUGGAUCUUCCUGCAAAAAUCUUGAAUGAUCCGUCCAGUCCAGGAAUGCAGUUUUUCCGAUCCCUUGAUUUUGUAGACGGUGACGUGAAUUCAGAAGGGUCUCUGAUUUUCCAAGAACCGCUUUAUUCUUUUCAACAAUCACAUAAUUUCAACUUAUCAGAUGGUAUUCCCUACAAAAUAUUGUGUGAAAAUAUCAUCGAAACCUUUAUAAAGGAGUAUUUCCAUAACAACCGAACCCUGAGAAAUGUUGCCUGUGCCAGGUAUAAGUCGACGAGCGGGGACGGUGUCGAACAGAGUCGUCUUGCAGUUGACUUUUAUAGUGACGUUAACUUUUUUACACCUGGAGUGUUGACACUGAACGCACAUGUUGGUGGCGCUGGUAGUACUUAUCAGUGGUUGAUGUCUCGAAUGAGCAGAUUUGGCUUCGGUUGGCCUUACCCGAACUGGUUUAGUGGAGCGGGACAUGCAGGAGAAGUUGCGUAUUUGUUUGGGAUUGAGAGGAAUCCAGAUAUCGUCUCUCCAGAUAGAAACCUAGCAGAACAGAUGAUGUCGUACUGGUCCAACUUUGCAAGAAACGGAAACCCUAACAACGGAUUGCCUGUGAAAGUCCAAUGGCCAGAAUACGAUGUCCAAGGUCGUCGUUAUAUAAGUCUGAACGCGACGAUAAGUGUUGAGGAGGCAUUGUACAAAGAUAGAGUGACUUUUUGGGCACCAGUGAUGCCUAAGGACUAG